GUUUAUUCUCAGUAGUUUCUGAGAAACUGCUCAACUUAUCCCGUAAAGGCGUAAAUGUUUCUCUUUUAUGUUUUUUCAAAUUUCCUUAACAACUAUUCACGUUUGAUUCGUCGCUAAAGAUCGACUAUGAGAUUUUUCCUCUCUGCUUUUGGCUUCCUACUUGGAAUCCUGCUCGUUUCAGCGGAAGAGCAUGGAGAUGGAAGCCGUUCGGCUAUCAAAAUCGGCGUAGUUCUUGACCUCAAUUCGCCGACCGGCGCAGCGAUUAAUUCGUCUAUGUCCAUGGCUCUUUCCGACUUCUAUUCGUCGCAUUUGGAUUACCGGACGAGAAUAGUUCUCGACACCGUUGACGUUGAUACUGAACUAGACGCCGUCUCUGCAGUGCUACAAUUGCUUAAUACUGAAGAGGUUCAGGGCAUUGUUGGAUCUGAAGUUUCAACUGAAGCCUUUGUUGCAGAAUUAGGAAGCAAAGCUCAUGUCCCCUUGAUUUCAUUAACUCCAAGAAGCCUCUCUCAUGUGAACAUUGCAAGUCCUUACACGAUUCAGAUUACACCUGAUGAUUCAUAUCAAGCUCAAGCUAUUGCGUCCAUUUGCAAACAAUUCAAAUGGCUCGAAGUUGUGAUUUUGUAUGAGGACAAUAAGUAUGGUAACCAAUUUAACUCUCAACUAAUUAAGGCACUCCAAGAAGUUGACAUCCACACAGAGUACAUGAUUUCCUUGCCUCCAUCAGCUCAGUUGGAUGAAAUUUCAACACAACUUAAUCUAUUGAAGUCAAUCCAAACCAGAGUAUUUUUGGUUCAUGUGAGCACUUCUAUGAGAUCUCACAUUUUUCACCUUGCGGAAAUAUCGAGAAUGAUGAUCGAAGGGUAUGCAUGGAUAUUUACCACUGACAGUUUAUCCAACAGCUUGAGUUCCAUGGAUUCAACAGUUACCAGUUCAUGGCAAGGUGCUGUGGGAAUUAGGCCAUAUGUGCCCAAUUCAGAAAAUCUUGAAAAUUUCAAAGCUAGGUGGAAAAGUAAUAUGUUUCAGGUGACUAACAGAGAGAUUACGGCAGAGCUAAAUGUAUGCAGUUUGUGGGCAUAUGACACAACUUGGGCUUUAGCAAUGGCAAUAGAAAAGAUCUAUGAGACAAUGGAUGGCACCUUCAAGAAGGUGAGCAACGGGAAAAGCAAGGAUGAUGCUAUAGAUGCUGUUAGAUUAGACACAGCCUACAAGAGUCCACACAUCAUGAGGAGUUUGAGGAAUGAACAUGCGCUCAACCUCACCUUUGACUUUACAAAUGUUAGAGUUUCCAAAUUUGGUGCAAAGCUUCUACGUGAAAUGUUAGACAUGAAGUUCACAGGCUUGAGUGGAGAGUUUAAAUUAGUUGAUUACCAAUUACGGCCUUCAGCUUUUGAGAUAUUCAAUGUGAUUGGAAAUGGAGAGAGAACACUAGGCUAUUGGUUGCCAAGCAAAGGAAUAAUUAGAGGAUUAGAUCUAAAUUCUGAAGAGCUGAAAACUGUAAUAUGGCCUGGAGUUUCACUGUCAAAACCAAAGGGUUGGGGUGUUCCUCAUACAGGAAAAUUGAAAAUAGGAGUUCCAAUCAAACAAGGUUUCACUGAAUUUGUUAAGGUUGAAGUGGAUCCAUCAACAAAUGAAACGAAGGUGGUAGGAUUCUCAAUAGAUGUUUUCCGGUCUGUUUUGGAAAAGUUACCUGUACAACUUGAUUAUGAGUUUCUCCCAUUUGUAAAUGAAAGUGGACAUAAUUUGGGAAUCUAUGAUGAUCUCGUUCAUAAAGUUGCAGAGAAAAACUAUGAUGUUGUGGUGGGAGAUAUAACAAUUUUGGCGGAUCGAGCUUCAUAUGUUGAUUUCACACUACCAUAUACUGAAUCAGGAGCAUCUAUGGUAGUAAAAGUUAACCAUCAAAAGAACAUGUGGUGUUUCUUAAAGCCAUUGACAUGGGAUCUUUGGGUGACAGCAGCUGCGUCAAGUAUAGUUUUGGGAUUGGUUGUUUGGGCCUUAGAACACGGAACCUUGAAGGAGAAGGCUGUGGCGCUCUUCAUGUCAACAACAGGGACUUUGAGCAGCAACUAUUCGAGGUUUGCUUUCAUUAUGUGGUUGUUUAUCGUCCUCAUCUUAACACAGAGCUACACAGCAAGACUAUCUGCAUUGUUAACAGUGGAUAAACUAGAUGAUUUCAAAAUUUCCAAGGACCACUAUGUCGGAUACCAACAAGGCUCCUUUGUGAGAGAUUUCUUAGUAACCAAUCUCCACAUUAAUGACUCCAAGCUCAGAGGAUACACAACCAUAGAGCAGUAUCAUCAAGCAAUGGUGAAAGGAGGCAAACAAGGAGGCAUAGAUGCUAUUUUUGAUGAGAUCCCUUACAUAAAGCUCUUCCUUCGCAGAUAUGGUUCUCAAUACAAAAGGGUUGGACCAACUUACAAGUCCGAAGGCUUUGGCUUUGCAUUCCCGCAUGGCUCGCCGCUGGUUCCCCACUUCUCUAGGGCAAUACUAAGGUUGAUUCAAAGUGAAAACAUGAGCAGAAUUGAGAACAAAUAUUUCGGUGCAGGAUCAUCGUCUAGUGUUGGUUCUUUUUCUCUGGUGUCUCAAGGCAAGAGUGUUGGUGCCUACAACUUUGGUGCUUUCUUCAUUCUGAAUUUCGUCAUCAUUAUAUUGGCCUUAUUCUAUAGGAUCUUAACUGAAUAUAGAAAAAAAUAUGGCAGCAUCUACUCCAAAGAUCCCAAGAUUACAGCAUUUGAUUCACCUGCGAACGAUUUGAUGCCUUGUCUAAAAUGCUCAAAAUAAGUGCCGCAUGAUCCUGCACAGUAUGGUUUAAUUUAAAUAAAUUAAACCGUUAACAUGAUAAAUUGUUGUAUUCUCUCUCUAGAUGCCCUGCCGGGCUGUACAAGGUUUAGUCUUAGCUAAGUGAGGUCUCCGGUCUCCCUAUUUGAGUUGUAACCAAAUAUAGGCUGUCUGAUCUGCAGGAUCCAUGUGACUUGCUUGGUCAACCAAAUUAACCUUUGGGUUAGGGGUAGUGAAAUCAUAGAUAGCAGUAAUGGUGUGUAUCUGUAUAGUUUUAUAUAGUAAUACAAGGUUUUCAAAAGCUUA